CGACACGUCCCUAAAGGAUGAAAAAAGUGACAUGUCCAACGGUGACAUCCCUAGGAUCACCGUCGUCGCCAAAGAAGCCCCGAUUACCGUGAAACGGAUUCCCGCGACUCACAUCAACGAAGCCAUAGACAAUCCCGGUGUUGCGCGCGCAGAUGUCGCAGUAUCCAUUGAGAAACCCCUCGGCGACCAAGAAUGGGCCAGUAAGGUCAGAGAAUACACCCCUCUCCAACAACAUGUGCUAUUCUGGGACCGUGAUGGCGAUGGAAUGAUUUUCCCAUGGGACACUUAUAUCGGAUUCCGUGAAUUGGGGUUCAAUAUCCUCUUCUCAAUACUAGCAGUCUUGAUCAUCAAUAUCAACUUUUCAUACCCGACUCGGCUCGCAUAUAGCUGGCUCCCGGACCCGUGGUUUCGGGUUUACGUACGGAGUGUGCACAAGGCAAAGCACGGCUCGGACAGCGGUACCUAUGACCCCGAAGGCCGCUUCAUCCCGCAGCUUUUCGAGAAUCUGUUUGCGAAAUGGGACUCGGACAAUGAUGGAGCGUUGACGCUACGUGAGCUGUUCCAACUGAUGCAUGGCCAUCGCUGUGCUGCUGAUCCGUUCGGGUGGGGUGCGGCUUUCUUCGAAUGGGGAACUACGUGGCUUCUCAUACAGAAGGAUGAUAAAGUUUAUAAAGAGGAUUUGCGUGCUGUGUAUGAUGGUUCCAUAUUCUGGAAAAUUCGCGAGGCACGGAAGACCCGUCCAGGCUGGACGCAAGGAUUUGGGCUUGGUGGAGAUGGCUUUGUAGGAGGAGAAAAGAUGUACUCGUAACGGGAUGGUUGAUGUAUACAAGUUGGUUGCGAGGCGCUGGACUAGAGCAACAUGUGUA